AUGGAAUUAGCCCCAUCCCCUUCAAUUCCAAGAAUAUAUUGAGGUUUUAUUUUCUUCUCCCCGAGUUUAGUAAACAAUUCUCAAAGUACAUUAACUGUUGAGUUCGAGCAUACCCUAGAAUACCUACGUGGUCAAGUUCAAAGCCGUGUAUGAAAUGUAACAACACAAUCCUAUCGGAUUUUCUCGCAUCCAUAAGCUACAAAUCAAGAUAAGAUGAUAAGUCGACGUGGCAAAAUCAUACAGUAUUUUCACUUCCCUUACCGAAAACACAAAAUUCUUUCUAUUCCCACAAUCUAAGCCAUGGCUUCCACAACUUUGAUCACCCCUACAACUUCCACAACAAAAUCCCUCAUACCUAUCAGAUCAAAACCCACCACCACCACUGCCACAACCACAUUAUCCACUCGUCGUCGCGAAUUUUUAUCUCUUGUGGCUGGUUUUGCCUCCCCAGUUUUACUCCUGCCAGUAACGCCUGCCCGGGCCGCCUUGGAAGACGAGUACGUAAAGGAGACGGAGGAAGUAAUCAAUAAGGUCAGAACCACCAUUACUAUGGACAAAAAUGACCCUAACAUAGAUUCUGCUGUGGCUCAGUUAAGGGAAACAUCCAAUUCUUGGGUGGCCAAGUAUAGGAGGGAGAAGGCUUUGCUGGGCCGAGCCUCAUUUCGCGAUAUCUAUUCGGCACUUAAUGCUAUUUCUGGCCAUUAUAUUAGCUUCGGCCCAACAGCACCAAUCCCGGCUAAGAGAAAGCAAAGAAUCCUUGAAGAGAUCGACACUGCUCAGAAGUCUUUGUCAAGGGGAAGAUGAAAAGGGCUAUUUUGUGAAUUGUCAACUUUUUUUGGGUGUAUUUGAAGUUUCGUAAUUUACUUAUGAGGCUUAAGAUGCAAUGAGGUUUAUCGUUUUCAUUUCUGAGAAGAGAAUAAUAUAUAUAAAUAUUUCAAAAA